CGCCCCCUCCCGCCGCCCUUAAAUGCCGGCGGCGGGGCCGCGCCGCGGAGGAAGGUGCUGCCGCCCCCAGCAUGGCGGGCCCGCCCCAGCGCCUCGCCUCCCUCCUGCUGCUCUGGGGCUGCCUCUGCCCGCCCGCCCGCGCCGGCCUGUACUUCAGGGAAGGGCAGCACUGCUACAAGCCGGCCCUGCGCAAGGCUCCCGGGCUGAGGACCUACCCCCGCCCGCACGAGUACCUGGACCUCUCCACGCUCCCCAAGAGCUGGGACUGGAGGAACGUGAACGGCGUCAACUAUGUCAGCACCACUCGGAACCAGCACAUCCCCCAGUACUGCGGGUCCUGCUGGGCCCACGGCAGCACCAGCGCCUUGGCAGAUCGUAUCAACAUAAAGAGAAAAGGUGCAUGGCCUUCUGCCUACCUCUCUGUUCAGAAUGUGAUUGAUUGUGCUGAUGCGGGAUCAUGCGAAGGUGGAGACCACUCGGGUGUUUGGAUGUAUGCCCAUAACCACGGCAUUCCAGAUGAGACCUGCAACAACUACCAAGCUAAGGAUCAAAAGUGUAAGAAGUUCAACCAAUGUGGGACUUGCGUCACUUUUGGAGAAUGCCAUGUGAUAAAGAACUACACUCUCUGGAAAGUUGCUGACUAUGGGUCUGUCAGUGGAAGAGAAAAAAUGAUGGCAGAAAUCUACACUAAUGGUCCAAUUAGCUGUGGCAUAAUGGCUACUGAUAAGUUGGAUGCUUAUACUGGGGGACUGUAUACAGAGUACAACCCCUCGCCUGUGGUGAAUCACAUUGUAUCUGUGGCUGGCUGGGGUGUAGAAAAUGGAACAGAAUACUGGAUUGUUCGUAACUCGUGGGGUGAACCCUGGGGUGAAAGAGGGUGGCUGAGAAUUGUGACAAGUGCAUAUAAAGGUGGAAGAGGAGCAGAGUACAAUCUUGCUAUUGAAGAGGACUGUGCAUAUGGAGAUGCUGUACUUCCUUGAUUCUAGAUUGCACAUCUUUCUGUUUAGGAACUACUUUGGAAGCUUCCCAGAACAACCUUUCCUCUGUUUUAAAGAAAAGUAGUCUAGAACUUUCACAGUUCAAUGUCAUGAGGCAGUUCUGCAAAAUUAGCCCAGAUAGCAACACACAAUGUCUUCAAAGUAAAAUAAAUACAGAAUUGCCUUUAGGUAAUUACAUACAACUUAAUUUUUUUUAUGGGUAAAUUACUUUUGUCUGCCUUGAUGCACUGUAUUUAAAUCAGAGUCACAGAAACUGUAUAUGUAAAUCUCUAUUUUUAACACAAAUUAUGUAGACAUACUGGGAAGGAAAAUGUCUACUCAAUAUUUGGGUCUAGAGCUUAUAUUUGCUCAGUACUGUUGGAUUUUAAUAUCACAAUGAUGCAGAUAAAAAAAGCAAAGUCUGGCCAUGGUAUAUUAAAAAACUAAAUCCCCUGUUGUUUCCUUGGCCUCCAGGUAAAACAGUGUUAGAAGUCUCAUACAAUUCAGUGGCUUUUAUCCAGUCAAGAUGAUGUAACAGGAAUUACUUUGAUCAAAGAAAGACACUUAUUUAAUUAGUCUUUUCUUUGCUCAAAUUCCUUGCUUUAAUAUGUAAUUGGCUGUGCCAUUUUUCUCCUAAAGAGGCAAAGUAUAAGUUGCCUCAAGCCAGAACUCUUCACUAAUUUGAAGAAAGGUAGCAAAUUCUUUUCCUCCAAACUAGGCCAGUUACCAAGUGGCAAAUUAGUGCCAUAUCAAUGUUACUAACUGGUAUUGUUAAUUGCAUUUAAUAAAUUAUGUUUUUUCUCACA